GGACAUCGAAAUGUCCUCGCUACGCCAAUGUCGAGCUGCUGGCCGAUAAGUUGGCUUUCAAUCUGCCGAAUUUCAAAGUUUCAAAAAUUGUCCUAGAGGCCGAGGAAUGGACAUCGUUUGCCAGUCAGCUUGCAGCAGAACAUCAGUGGCCUGUGCUUCCGUCCCCCAUAAUCUGGAGAGAACUGGUUGAUCGCGGGGGCAUGAGCAGCCUGAUUGGUGGCGCUAAGGACUUUCAGGAGUAUGCGAAAACCUACUAUGACCAGGAGUCCGAUUUUACAACACAGCAGUUGACGGACUUUGUGCAAGACAAUAAGCGUUACAAGAGACAGGACAUCGAAUUAGCACUGUCCUACAAGCCUUCUCGCCCAUUGCCAAAAAUUGUCACCAUCAUCGGUGCGGACUCUCACUGUGCUCAUCGGCUUUUAUCGCUUCUGACGUUGAGGAAAGAGGUGAAAGCAGAGAACAGGAUCAGCCUCCGGCUUUAUACUGACGACCAAAAGAAUGCGGCUGAUCUGGACGAGGUUAAGUUUCAGGUUGAAGAUAGCGCUUGUCCAAGCAUCCAAUCUGUGAGUGUGGAGCAUACUCUUAUGUCAGCUGUCAAAGAUGCCUCCUUGAUUGUUUUGCUAGAUAUAGUUCCGCGACUGCACUUUCAUAGGAGUUCAUCUUACCAGACAGCAAACAGCUCUUUUGCUGUUCUGGAGCCAAGAGAGUCGUGGCUUUCGCGACGUUUUGUGUUCUUACAUCGGCUAGGAUUACAUAUUGCCCAACACUGUCCAGCCGAUGUGAAGGUCCUCGUGGCCGGUUCUCUGCGGCUCUUUGAAAGGGCUGAACUCAUUGCCGCACCAAUCAACUUUGAUGUGCAGGCCCUGUUCACUGCCUGUGGCGGAAAGUUGGCGACUAGGAAUAUUGUCGGCCUUGUCAGACCUCUGGAGUGGCGUUUGAAGGCAGCCAUCGCAAAGAAGUUGGGCGUACGUUGUUGUGAUCUU